UUCAUGAACGUAUCAGUUGUCUGCGGAACGGUGCUCAAAACGGACGUGCUAAAGACACGGAACAUCGGUGCUACUCGGUUCGGUUUCUUUCGACUCGACGCUAUUAGAUUCGAUUCCGCUCGAUCCGAUUCGGAAAUCACUCAAGUACAUAGGAAACCCCGAAUAGAAUCAAUCGCCUUAAUCGCCUGCCGCGUAUCGCGUUGGGCUUCCUUGUUCGCGAUCCACUUACGCCAAUCGCUGCCAAAAAACUGGUUGCACGUCAACAACGCUCGUACGACGCUGAGCAUUUGUGUUAGUGGCAUACUUCUAACGGCCGCCAGUGUUUCCUUUGUUCGGCGUGCACUGGGCUCCCCAGGAAGAGCUCCGUAGGUGCACCACAAUAUGGAGCAGUAGUGUUCCCAGCGACAGAGAAGCCGCUAGCCACGCCACCGAAGCGCUCCAUCAUGACAGCUAUGCCCGUCGUAUGGUGCACCGACCCCAACUCGGUGAACAACAAGCCCACGGCGUUCGCCCUCCACGGAAUCCAACUGCAGGGCAAUGUCACGGAGAAGCAGGUCCAUGCCCUUCGGGACCUGGUCAACGCCGCCGCCGAGGGCCGGCUCAUCCUGCCCUCGGACGGCACCUUCACGCUGCUGGACAGCGGUCUGAGUAUUGAGAGCUCCAUUGUGCAGGAUCAGGAUUCGCGGAGUAGUCCUGUCGAGGCGGUCCAAGCCAAAUGUGCCAAGAACACGUAUAUUCUGAUGCCGGUGAGCAAAGCAGAGGGCUCUUCUGGCUUUCGGCAGGAGGGUGGAGCCGCGGGAGCAGUAGGAACGUCGUCUAUCGCGGCGGCUGCCGCCCAGUUGGAGUUCCUGCUGGAGUCGAAGUCCGAGGCGGACACGAAUGCGGAAACGGAGACAGGGACAGCCGGCUCUGGCGGGGAGAUUCUCUACGAGCUCCUGUGCUGCGCCAAAUGCAUGAACGAGCAGCGCACCGGGCAUAUCGGAUUGUGUUCUGGUCGGCGCCAGCCGCGCUGCCUGAAGGGUGUCGCCGGGAAGAGCAGCGAGUACGAGACGGUCAACGACUCGGCUACGUGGCAGCUCCAGCUGGAUCCUGUGAGCAUUGCCAGCAAGUACGCCCGCCGCCAGCAGCGCCACAAGCUGCACGGCACCGUCUCCAUGGGCAUCGCACGUAAUCGGACCCAUCGCCAUCACAAAUUACCCAUGCACAGUGUUAAAAUCUUUCAUAAUCGCAGCAGUUACACGCCAGCAGCAACAGCCCCAGCCACCGCAUUAGCAACAGCAGCAUGCAAUGUGGGCGGAGGCCGAGAGGUGUCGACAGUUCCGAUAGCGAUUCCGAUUCCGAUUCCCAGUCCGAGCUCGAAUCCGAGUACGAGUGCGAAUCCCCAUUGCUCACCCAGCCCAGCCACUAGAGCGCACCGCACCAGUGAAGCGUUCAGUUUGUUAUUGACAGCGGCGCGAUCUACAUCGCUGGCAGCAACGGGUGCGGGAACGGGAACAGCAACUGCAGCGCCAGCGUUGCCCCUAUACGCAGUGGUUAACAAAAGUCGCGACUUGACGGGAAGCGCCCAGGGCGAAGACUCCGAGGAAGUGCCCGCGUCCGCCAUGUUGGCCGUGGUGCCCGAAGAGCCGCCGCAGCCAGUAGUAGAGGGGCGGGAUUUGAUUAGCUUUGACGACGAUCAGGUGCAGCCCGACGGAUCUCUGGCAGGGGCGUCGCUCUCCGUGGACCUUUGCGCCCCCAACGAGGCGGACGCCUUGCUUGCCCUGCUGGACACCCCUCCGCCCACGCCACCGAAGCCCUGCCUGCCCGGCAGCAACAGCUCCAGUCGCAAAACCAGCUUCGACUCCACCAGCACCCACAGCUCCAUGGACUCGGGCUUUAUGGAGAUGCAGAACAAGUUGGACGCAUUGGCUGCAGCUGCGGCGGCCGCGGCAGCAACUGCAGCACCAGGAACAGCUUCUCAGGGCGAAGAAAAAGUCACGCAACGCAACUACAAGGAGUGCCUGACGCAGUCGCGGAACCGGCGCAAAUCCUACGAGGAGUUCAAAGCCAUGUUCGCUGAACUUACCGCCGCGGAAACCACCCAGUCGGAGUCUUUGCCACCGGCGGUGGCAGUGGAUGACGCAACAGCGGUGGGCAGCAGCUCUUCGGCACCCCCAGCUGGCCAACCACUUCCACUUGCUUCCAUUUCAGAACAAGAAACCAAAACCAAAGCCAAAGGCACCCAGCUCGGGAGAGGAAAACCGGAUUGCGCAAACGAGUUUGCCGCCAGCGCCGAUGAAAUGGAUACCGGCGACGUUGACAGCGAUCGCGAUGGUGCCAAAGGGGAUCUAACAGCAGAAGCAACCGCAACAUCAACAACAACAAAGUCUUAUGUCUGUAGUACCACCACAGAGGCGAUGCGAAAGAAUUCCGAUUUUCUAUCGCAGAUUCUCGAUCACCAGUUUGCGGCCAAGGAGCGAGCCAAGGCGCACAAGCGUCGCACCUCGUACGAGGAAUUCAAGCGUCUGGUUAGCGAAAUCGAGCCCCCGGAAUGCCUGGAGCCGCUGGCAGCUCCCUCCUCCUCUCACAGCGCCCAGACCGCUACUGCGAUGGCCCUGGCAGGGGCACCCACAACCACAGCGCCAGCAGCGUCGCCUCUGAAGCGGCAGAACUCCCGGCAGCGCAAAAGCUUCGCCAGCUACUUUCUGCCCCGCCGGCACUCGACCAAAGAGCCAAAGACUGACAAGGAAAACGUUCCGCUGCACCAGCCGCGCGAGAAGGAGCUGCAGCAGCUGGCAGCCUACAUGAAGCUGCCGGCCCACAGGAGCAGCUGCUCCAGCGAGAGCUCUCAGUACAGGCGCAACUUCAAGAUCUACGACAAGCUAGUGUACGGCACCAUUUACGACAUAAUCCAGCGCAAGAACGACAUCUACCAGAAGUACGACAAGUACAUGACCUACGGAACCAUCUACGAGAUCCUGCACCGCAAGUCCUCGGCUUGUGGCGAGCGAUGGCAGCGCAAGAGCCUCAGCUCGAUCCUGGAGGGCGGCCGGCCCUCGGGCGACGUCAUAUACGACAUUGUCCAGAAGCGGGAGCGCGAGAAGCAGCUCCAGCAACGGGCCAUCGACUUUGUGGCCCAGCCGACCUCCAACGAACUGGCCCUCAGCCCAGGUCACAAGUACGGAACGCUCUACGACAUCCUGCAGGGCGAGAAGUUGGAUGCCCCGGCAGAGGACACGAGCACGUCAGCACCGGCUUUGAAAACAACUCGAUUCGUGGUGAGCCAGGUGGCUGAGUUUCCCUCACCCACAUCGCCAGCAGAACAUGGCGCGGUAGCAGACACGAGCGUGGUAUCCGGAAAAACGAGCAAACCCACGAAGAUGCGCCGGCUGUCCCACAUCCUCAGCUACUCCAGGUCCGCGAACGAAGAACCACAGGAGAGCCCUGCCCAAGAGGGCGCCAAGCAGAAGCCGAAACGCAGCCAGGCCAAGCGUCGCAUCGGCGUGACCAACCUCCUCCUGCCGCUAGACUCGGAGGAGCUCUACACUCGCAUCAUAGCCCAGCAGAAGAGCGGCUACAAGAAGGAGACGGAGAAGGAGGGCUGUGUGGAUCCGGAUGCAGGAGCAGAAGUGACCGCGGGCAGCGACAGUGAGGCGGAGCCCUUCUCUCGCAGUGCUCUGACCAAGUCCAGCUCCCUGGACGCCAUCUCUCUGUCGGUGGCCACAUCGCCGACCGCCUCGCCCUCACCCCCGCGUAUCCGCCGCAGCCUCAAGCAGCACCGAUGCCUGCACCUUCGCCAGCAGCCGCCACUGACCAAAAAGCACUCCUUGGACAACUGUCUCCAGUCGGGGGCAGUAGCUGCCAGAACGGGGCAGCCGCUGCGGCGCUGGUCGAACCAGGCGCCGAUGAAGUGCCACUGCCAGGACGCCAUGGGCCAGGAGCUUCCGGUGUCCGCUUCUCCCGCCUCUGGCUCUGCCGCCGACCGCCUGCAUAUGUGCACCAGCUGGAGCGCCGCGGGCAGUCCAAGCCCAGUUAACACAAAGUCCAACGGCCAACCGGCCGCUGCGCCAGCGACGGCGACCAAGAAAGGCAAAUCGCGUCGACUUUCGGAAUUUACGCGCGGUGAAUUUUUAAAUGAAAAAUCCUGGUACUUCCGCAAAAUUAAACGCAUUGAGGCUGAGAAAAAACUUCUACUGCCAGAGAACGAGCACGGUGCAUUUUUAAUUCGUGAUUCCGAGAGCCGCCACAACGACUACUCGCUAUCAGUGCGGGAUGGCGAUACGGUUAAGCACUAUCGCAUCCGUCAGCUGGACGAGGGCGGCUUCUUCAUUGCCAGACGCACGACAUUCAGAACCCUGCAGGAACUGGUCGAGCACUACUCCAAGGACUCCGAUGGCCUGUGCGUCAACCUCUGCAAGCCCUGUGUCCAGAUCGAGAAGCCCGUCACUGAGGGACUCUCGCACCGAACUCGCGACCAAUGGGAGAUCGACAGAACAUCCCUCAAGUUCGUGCGCAAACUUGGCUCCGGACAGUUCGGCGAUGUCUGGGAAGGACUGUGGAACAACACAACACCCGUGGCCAUUAAGACUCUGAAAUCGGGCACAAUGGAUCCCAAGGACUUCUUAGCCGAAGCCCAGAUCAUGAAGAAACUGCGCCACACCAAGCUGAUCCAACUGUACGCGGUGUGCACUGUGGAGGAGCCCAUCUACAUUAUUACAGAGCUAAUGAAGCACGGUUCACUGCUGGAGUAUCUCCAAGCCAUUGCAGGCAAGGGUCGCAGCCUUAAAAUGCAAACUCUGAUUGACAUGGCGGCGCAAAUAGCAGCCGGUAUGGCCUAUUUGGAGUCCCAAAAUUACAUCCACAGAGACUUGGCGGCGCGCAACGUGCUCGUUGGCGACGGAAACAUCGUCAAGAUUGCUGACUUCGGCUUGGCCAGACUUAUUAAGGAGGACGAGUACGAGGCUCGUGUUGGUGCACGCUUCCCCAUCAAAUGGACGGCUCCCGAAGCGGCCAAUUAUAGCAAAUUCUCUAUAAAAUCGGAUGUGUGGAGCUUUGGCAUUCUCCUCACUGAACUGGUCACCUACGGACGCAUACCAUAUCCCGGCAUGACCAACGCAGAAGUCCUCACGCAAGUGGAGCACGGCUAUCGCAUGCCGCAACCUCCCAACUGCGAGCCACGGCUGUACGAGAUCAUGCUUGAGUGCUGGCACAAGGACCCGAUGCGCAGACCCACGUUCGAGACGCUGCAGUGGAAGCUGGAAGACUUCUACACUUCCGACCAGAGCGACUACAAGGAAGCACAAGCCUACUGAUAAAUGCUUAACGGGAGCGCCAUCCGUGAGGGUGGCAUCCAGCUAUAAAGCUGCACAUCAUCGGGAUGGGAUCACCGGGGAUCCCAAAACGGACAAUUUGUUCUAAGUUAUAUGUACUUGAGUUCUGCACAGAUUUUCAACGUCUGCCAAAUCCGGCCGUGGCUCCCGAUGGGGGCGAGCGGAUAUCGGGUCUGCUGGUCUUGGUAACUCUAUACGAUAUGAUUCACGUUAUUAGCGUUUAAGCUAACAAAUAUUUGCUUAACUGGAAAAUGGACUCGAUGUUUGACUGCAACUGCAAGUGCAAGUGUAUUGGUUAAUUGUAUUUUUGGUGGAUAGUGAUUUUGAAAAUGUUAAAUUCGUCUUUAUUGUUUAGUAUGAGUAUUACACGCAUACUGAUAUUUUCGAACUGAUGCGUUCUGGUACACUUGUAAUGUUUGCCGAUUAAUAUAUCACAUGUAUUAUUAUUCAUAUAACGCAUAUAGCAUAUACAUAUGUGCAUACACACUUAUAUAUACGAACACAUAUAUAUAAAUAUAAUUAGGUUUAUAACCGUAUAGUCAGAUGUAUGCCUAGACCCUUUAUUAUUCAAUAUGCCUGAGCAUAGUCCCCAGCCCUGCCCUACUUUUACUAGUUAAUAAGCCGAUCGGAGAACGAUAUUUGUAGUCUGCAAAUAUAAAGGAAAUGUUUCACUUUUAGUAAAUUCAUUACGUACGUGUCUUACCCCAACACUCAUUCACCACUAUCAACGACUAUAUGCCUAAUCACAAACAUAAACGGUUCAAAAUCAACACAAACGCCACUCAUCAAGUGCUACAAACGCGUUGUGCUGCAGGCGACCAAUCCAUAUGAUUAAUGUUUUAGUUUAAUUGUAAUUUGUAAUAAUUUUAUAAUAUUCUGCAUAUGAUUAUAUAGGCGCAUAACACAUAUGAAAUCAUGUACCCUAGAAUAAACGCAAAUAAAAUUUUCUUAAUUUAUACAAAUUA